AUGAAUACACGCGCACACCCCUCCGCAUCUCCGGACCCCCAAGCAGAGCGCCUUGACACCGAAAUCGCCUCCAUUCGCGCCGAAAUUCAUAAUUUCCAACGUCAAAAGCGAUUCCUUUCUUCAAGUCUCCUCGCCUCAUCCAACGUUCAGAAGCUCCUCCGCAAACCCCGCACCACCAUCCACGACGAAAUCUCGCCUCUCGCACAGGCCGCAGGGAAACACUCUGAAACAAACCACUACCGCAUCGCAUUCGGUACUACAGCUUUUCCAUUCAAGGAUCCGUCACCCAGCGCGCCCGCCGAGAAUCUACUAGGUCUGCGCAUCGAUGUCUGCACACGAAAUGGGCGCUUCGCGAAGCCCUAUUACGUGCUUCUACGGCGGGAGCGCGUAAAGGGUGGAAAGGAGAAAAGUCUGAGGGUGUAUAGACAUACCGUGCCCGCGUUUAUCUCUAUACCGAAGCUGGAGAGCGUUUACCUACCUUUCAAGGGCUCUAGCGCGAAAUCGACUGGCGAUGUCGAACAAGACGUGGACGAGUCUGAGGAUGAGGGGCAACCCUUGAAGCCACAAAAGAGGAAAAAUGUGCGAAAUCAGGACUUGCGCGGAUUUUCUCGUGAGCUACGGCGUGAGCUUGUAGCGUGGCAUUUGCGGUGCGAUGCAGUUGAUCUCUUGCGCGAAAGAUUGGGAUUCAAGGAGUCCGACUCGGAUACUGGUUCAGUUGGACGGUUGUCACCUGAUAGCAAGGCGGGCAUUGUGUCUCUUGACUCUACGGCCAUUGAGACCCGGUAUGUCCGGCUGGAAUGGGAGGAUGGCCGUGUUGGACGGUUCAAGUUAUCCAAUGCUGGUGUUGUUGAGCGAGCCGUUGUCAUCGGGGACGAGGGUCGUGAUAAACAAACGGAAACUGCGAUGACUCGUAGUGGUGGAAGAAUUGAGAGUCUGGUGGAGAGGCUGCAGGAGCUUGCUGAGCCGGCUCAGUAA